GACUGCCUUCUCUCCAUCUGCUGUUUGUAGUGGGAGGACACCUCCAGAGGGGCUGCUGCUCAUUGAGCUGCACUCACACAUGAGGAUACAGACUUUGUGAAGAAGGAAUUGGCAACACUGAAACCUCCAGAACAAAGGCUGUCACUAAGGUCCUGCUGCCUUGAUGGAUUAUACACUUGACCCCAGUGUGACAACAAUGACCGACUACUACUACCCUGAUAUCUUCUCAAGCCCCUGUGAUGUGGAACUUAUUCAGACAAAUGGCAAGUUGCUCCUUGCUGUCUUUUAUUGCCUCCUGUUUGUAUUUAGUCUUCUGGGAAACAGCCUGGUCAUCCUGGUCCUUGUGGUCUGCAAGAAGCUGAGGAGCAUCACAGAUGUAUACCUCUUGAACCUGGCCCUGUCUGACCUGCUUUUUGUCUUCUCCUUCCCCUUUCAGACCUACUAUCUGCUGGAUCAGUGGGUGUUUGGGACUGUAAUGUGCAAAGUGGUGUCUGGCUUUUAUUACAUUGGCUUCUACAGCAGCAUGUUUUUCAUCACCCUCAUGAGUGUGGACAGGUACCUGGCUGUUGUCCAUGCUGUGUAUGCCCUAAAGGUGAGGACGAUCAGGAUGGGCACAACGCUGUGCCUGGCAGUAUGGCUAACCGCCAUUAUGGCUACCAUCCCAUUGCUAGUGUUUUACCAAGUGGCCUCGGAAGAUGGUGUUCUACAGUGUUAUUCAUUUUACAAUCAACAGACUUUGAAGUGGAAGAUCUUCACCAACUUCGAAAUGAACAUUUUAGGCUUGUUGAUCCCAUUCACCAUCUUUAUGUUCUGCUACAUCAAAAUCCUGCACCAGCUGAAGAGGUGUCAAAACCACAACAAGACCAAGGCCAUCAGGUUGGUGCUCAUUGUGGUCAUUGCAUCUUUACUUUUCUGGGUCCCAUUCAACGUGGUUCUUUUCCUCACUUCCUUGCACGGUAUGCACAUCUUGGAUGGAUGUAGCAUAAGCCAGCAGCUGGCUUAUGCCACCCAUGUCACAGAAAUCAUUUCCUUUACUCACUGCUGUGUGAACCCUGUUAUCUAUGCUUUUGUUGGGGAGAAGUUCAAGAAACACCUCUCAGAAAUAUUUCAGAAAAGUUGCAGCCAUAUCUUCAUCUACCUAGGAAGACAAAUGCCUAGCGAGAGCUGUGAAAAGUCAUCAUCCUGCCAGCAGCACUCCUCCCGUUCCUCCAGCAUAGACUACAUUUUGUGAGGA